AUUUGUGUCAAUGUUUCAGAUGUGAAUGUGAGUCCAGGCUGCAAACUCACGGCAGUGAUUCUCCAUGUCGACCUUUGGAAGUCUGAGGUCCAUGUGUCGCUGCUUCCAGAGUUGACCACGUCGCUGAGGAAAAAGUUGGAAAAGGACUCCAAACUCACUGCCACUAUGCAGUACACCGACAAAGACUUUGCUGUCAUCUCAUUGGGUGACACUGGUCACCUGAGCAUCAUUCCCACUCGCACUCAAAUAAAUGACAUCUUAAAUUCAAAGAAAAUUUACGUCGGUUCCUGUCUGAAUGUGACCGUGAAGGAGCCAAGCAGCGAGGAGUUGGGAGGACUUCCUCUUGUCACAUGGCAGAAAUCGAACGCUAAACGGGAGCAGAGCAAAUCUAAGAGCACAGGUCUUGGGGAAGUGAUGGCGGUGGCAGUGAAGAAGGUGAAGCCCAUGGACGUGGUGGUGACGCUGCCGUCGGGGACCGCAGGAAGUAUCCAUGUAUCUCAGAUCGAGGAGUCUCCCGUGGUUGGCAGCUUCCCAACAUCGUCGCUGAAGGUCGGGAGCGAGGUCAAAGCCAGAGUGAUUGGAGGGCACACAGUUCGUGGUCACAAGUAAAUACAGCCGUGUUAAAUUGUCCAUCACAGAAUGUCCUUUGUCUCAGUGCCUUUAAAUGGGACUAUUUAUAAACUCCA